AUGAGCAGUCCGCCAAGUCCUUCUCCAACGCGAUGGUUCAAAGCUUUACGCAGGACCAGACUUGGGGAGCCCUGCUUGAAGACCAAUGCUCUUGAGAGUGUUGAGCUUCUGAAGAGAGCGAGAGCUGCCUUCCAGGCUGGACGCACUCUGAAGGAGAGCUUCAGACUGGCCCAGUUGGAGGCUAUCCUGCGCAUGUUGACGGAGCACGAGUGUGACUUUGUGGACGCGCUCGGGAGAGACCUCCACAAGCCCCGGUUUGAGACGGUGUUGUCAGAGCUGAUGCCGGUGAAGAACGAGGCUCUCUACGCCAUCAACAACCUCGUGAAGUGGAUGGAGCCACAGCGGGUUGAAAAGAACCUGGCGACCACGUUGGACGACUGUCUGGUGGUCAGCGAGCCCCUGGGGGUGGUGCUGGUCGUGGGGGCCUGGUACAGCCCUGCCCAGCUCUGUCUGGUGCCCCUCGUGGGGGCCAUCGCCGCAGGAAACUGUGCCCUCCUCAACCCGUCAGAACACUGCUCUCACACGGCGGAGCUCCUUCACCGUCUCGUCCCCUCCUACCUCGACAACGAGUGCUUCCACGUGAUCCUUGCAGGGGUGACUGACUUGGCUGAAGUCGUGGACCUGAAAUUUGAUCACGUCUUCUUUACAGGAAACAGGGAGGAUGGGAUCAGGGUGGCCCAGGCUGCAGCCCCCCUCCUCACUCCCGUCACCCUGGUCCUGAGUGGCAAAAACCCAUGCUACGUGGACAAGCAGUGUGACAUCAACACCACGGCUCGCCGCAUCGCCUGGGCGCGCUUCCAGAACGCCGGGCAGAGCAUGGUGGCGCCGGACUACGUCCUGUGCCACGAGGAGGCCAAGAGCCGUCUGUUCCAGGCCCUGCGCUGCUGCAUGCUGCAGUUCUACGGCACAGACCCCCGGGAGUCCAGCAGCUUCGGCCGGAUGGUCAACCUGGAGAACUUCAGCCGCACCCGGGACCUGCUGUUGAGGUCUGGCAGGGCGGCUGUGGGGGGGCAGGUGAACGAAGCAGAGAGAUACAUAGCUCCGACCGUCCUGACGGAGGUGGUGGCGUCAGAUCCCAUCAUGCAGCAGGACGUGCUGGGCCCCGUGCUCCCCAUCCUGACCGUGUGCAGCGUGGACGAGGCCGUCGCCUUCAUCAACCAGCGGGAAAACCCCCUCUGUGUGUACGCCUACUCCAGCAACAGCAAGGUGAUAUCCAGGCUGAUGAGUGAGACCUCCAGUGGAAGCUUCUGCUCCAACGACAGCAUCUUGCAGAGUCUGAUGGUGGUCCUUCCCUCCGGGGGAGUGGGCUCUAGUGGGAUGGGCUCGUACCACGGCCGCUACAGCUUCGACACCUUCUCCCACAAGAAGCCCUGCCUGCUCAGGAGCACGCGCAUCGAGUGCGUCACCUACCUACGCUACCCGCCCUUCGAGGAGCGUAACCUGUCUCUGAUGACCUGGGCCAGCUCCCUGUCCCAGAGGAGCCAGGGGUGGUGUCACAUCCUGUGAGGCGGCGUGGGAGCGCUCCGGACGGAGCCGUGGAACCAGGAUCGGUGUGUUGCCUUUGCCCCGGCGGCCCAGAUGGGUCCCUUAGCACAGCACAGUAGAUUGUGAGGGUGGUUGUCUGGUGGGUGAUGUCAUGCUGUGGGGGUUGUCAGUUUAUGCGCUUUGGUGUUGGUAGAACAUUAACGAUACGUAUGACAUUUGAAGUUGUGUGCCAACACGAUGCAGCACUGAUCUAUUUAAAGGCUGUCUGAUCUUGAGAAGUGAAGUAAUUGCACUUUCAGCUGGUUAUAUAAUCAGGCUUUGUCUGAAGUGUAAUUACUAUUCUAAAGGAUCUAUUCCGAAACAAGCUAUUAACUUUGCUCUGAAAUACAUCAUUUUCCUCUUAUGAUGAUAAACAUGCUGUAAAUACAUGAUUAAGUUAAUAUUUAGCUGUGUUUGCUUGAUUGCUGAUUCUGAAAUACAAACAACAUUUCCUGAUGCUCAUAAUUAAAAAGAAAUA